AUGUUCACCGAACCCUCCCCUCGCGCUGUGCGAUUUUCCAACGGCGACGACGACUUGCGCCCAGACAAGAUCAUGCCCCAGCGUCCUCUCCCCAUCGCCGUCGACUCUGACAACUCUGCCUCCUCUGCCGAAUCCCAACCCGAUGACCCCCACGCCCUCGAGCGUCAGGAUGAAGUUGGCUCCCUCGCCAGAUACUCCGAGGGCCACGUCGGUUCCGUGGCAAACCUAGUCCAAGCUGCCGUCGCAAACGGUGGCACCACCCGAAGUCUACGAAGCAACGCCAGCGAUAGCGACGGCACAUAUGCCAACGGCACUGCCUCUACCAAGACUCAAAGACCCAGUGCCCCCGCGAGAACUCCUUCCAAUACCUAUGCCCCGGCUGCCCAUCGUAGGCCACAACCCACAGCCCCUCCGUCCUUCGUCGAAACCGUUCGAGCAUCAUCCAGAGGUCGACCUCGUCCCAGCGAGAGGUUCCGCCAGCAGGAGAGAGCAUACGUCCAGAGACUGCGCCAGGAUCACGGUGAUGGAUAUCCUUUCGACGGCUACACCAAUGGAAUGAGCCAAGGCGGGGAUUCUGACUCCGAGGGAGAGACACCCUCUUCCGAAGGACCCUUCGACGACAGAUACGACCAGGAAACCAUAAUGUUUUAUGGGAAUGACGACUUGCAACCAACCGAUGAGGACCUCAAAGAUCCCAUGAACAAGGAAAGACUGGAAUGGCAUGGCAUGUUAGAGGCUGUCCUGACCGGAGAUGUUGUCAGGCAGGAGAAGAAGAGAUUGAUUGGAUCCAACGAGACGGCAGUGGGGAAAAGCGGGCAAAAGGCAGAGCUUUGGCUAGGAAUUCGGUCAAAGGUGUGCGGACGGCACUUGCCCGUGCAAAGGCGAAUGGUAGAGGAGGCUCGCGCAUCCCUGGACCGCACCCUGGACGAGAUCAUCAACUUUUCCGUCAAGGGUGAGAGCGAGGCGGGAAAGCCGCCGUACGAACAAGUGAAGGAUGUAGUGAAGAAGAUCGACAAGUGCGAGAGCCUGUAUCCCUCAUGGACCUCACUAGCAGCUGAGCAUCAGUCCGCAAACUCACCACUCUUCCACGAGGCAUCAGAAUCCAUCGUCUCAUGGUACAACACCAACGAACUCAUCAACACAGAACUCGCCAUUCUCAAGAAGUGGGUCGGCAACGAAGAGUUGGACUUCACUCGGACACGCCAACGCUCCCCUGUCGGCAACGGUAUCACGGACGAGUCCUCAUUCCUAGAUCGCUUGAUGAAGGAAGACGGUCUGAAGUCUCUCUACGACGAGGAAUUUGACGACGAGAAGAACAAAGAUGCUCAUAAGGGCAUGUUGCCGGGCAUCUCAACCGUCAUCAAUAAAUCCAAGGAGACGCUGAUCCGGAAUUUCGCCGCCUUCCAGAAGCGGCAUCUUCCUCCCUACAUUGAGGAGCUGCUUACGUUGAUCAGCUUUCCGUCCCGCCUGAUCGAGGAGAUCAUCAAGAUGCGACUUGCUUACGCUAAGAAGGUCAAGGAGUCAGCUCAGCAAAACCCUAUGAUGCAAGACCAGAUGAUUGGACAAUUCCAGCUACUUCUGAAAUUGGCCAUACGGAUCAAACUGGAGUGCCUUGCUGUAACACAGCCAGAACCCGGUUGGGAGCUGCCACCCUGCAUCGACGAAUCCUUUGACCAAGUCGUUCUGGAUGCCUUGAAGUACUACUUCAAAAUGCUCAACUGGAAGCUCAGUGGCAACAAGAACACCUUCAAGGAAGCCGAGCUAUUGUUCCAGGAAUGGGACUUUGCCAAUGAGAUCGGUAGCCAUCUUCUGGGUGGAGACGUUGAAGUUGCUGAGCAAUUCAGUUCCUUGACAUUCAAGGCCAUUAACCGUCUCAGUGUGACAUUCGAGAAGGAACUGCAGGUCAAGCCAAAGGAAAGCACUUCCGAGAUGAGCAAGCGAUACAAGCAGUGCCUGGACUCCGUCCGAGUAAGGCAGCGAAUGUUGCAGCGUUUCUCCAGGAUGCUGAGCGAAAACUACGAAAACGCAUCAGAUUUCAGCAUCGCCUUUGCCCCGGAAAAGCUGCAAGAGUUUUACGACCGGCUGAUCUCUUCGGGUCAUUUCCAAGUCUUCACGGACCUUUACGAGCAAGAAGGCAUCUUCGUGAUGGCUUCGGCCUCUCUUAUCGAGAGGCAUGAUGCCAUUCAUUCCAUCCUGGGUCUCAGCUCUCCGGAACAGUUUGCCGAGGAUCCUACCGACCCAUAUCUCUUGAUCUUGCGGCCUGAAAGUAACCCGCAUUGGUUCGGCGAUGUGGUGCCUCUCACAGUCAGGGAACGUAAUAUCGACUUGAAAAAGGGGCACAUGAGACUGGUAGCCACUGGUGCUCAGGCUAGACUCGUCAAUGCCAGAAAGGCUUUCAUCGACGCCGUGGACAUGCACGUCGACCUUGUCGUUGAGCAGCGGUCAAACCUCCACAAGGUGAACACCCGUCUUAUGGAGAUCAGACGCGUUGCUUACAAGCUGUCCAACAACUUCAUGGACAGUGUCGAGAUCAUUCGCAAGCAGACUGAAGGCAGAGAAGUCCAAGAACUCAUCCAGACUUGCUUCGUCUUUGCAACGGAAUUCGGCCAGCGAUCGCUUCUUGUCAUGGACAGCAACCGGAAACAGAUGAACAACCUGAAACUCACCAAGCUCGCCCUGGACUGGGUUAGCUUCAUUUGCGAUGACUGUAUCGCAUCGGAUCGAAAGACGUUCCGAUGGGCGGUCUUGGCUCUUGAGUUCGCCAUGGGAAUGACGCGAGGAAGACACAUCCUGGCCCUGGGCGAGGAUGAGUAUGCAAGACUUCGUGCUAAAGUGGCGGGUUGCAUGGCUCUUCUUAUCUCUCACUUUGAUAUCAUGGGAGCGAGGUCGAAUUUGGCCGCCCAGGCAGAAAAGGAGCGCAUCGAGGCUUUGGUGGGACAGUUCAAGCGUCUCGAUAAAAAUCGGAUGCUCGACGACCAGGAAGCCUCCAAGGCAAUUACGGAACAACGAUUGGAAGAGAUCGACAAAGUAGACGAGAUCAGGAAGGCAAAGGAAGCCGAAAGGCAGGCGCUUGGCCGCGUGCUCGAGGGAAACAACGAAGUGGAUCGAUCCCUGGCUUACCUCUCAUCAUCAGCGACAAAUAUCACGAUGCGCUGGCAGCAGGGCCAUUUCGUCGGCGGUGGUACUUUCGGCAAUGUCUACGCUGCCAUGAACCUCGAUUCUGGCCACUUGAUGGCCGUCAAGGAGAUUCGUCUACAGGACCCCAAGUUGAUCCCGACUAUUGCCGAGCAGAUCAAGGACGAGAUGGGCGUCUUGGAGGUUCUCGACCAUCCAAACGUCGUCUCGUAUUAUGGUAUCGAAGUCCACCGAGACAGAGUCUAUAUCUUCAUGGAGUUCUGUCAAGGGGGCUCUCUUGCAAAUUUGCUGGAGCACGGCCGUAUUGAAGAUGAACAGGUCACUAUGGUUUACGCGUUGCAGCUACUCGAGGGUCUUGCGUACCUCCACGAGAGCGGCAUAGCCCAUCGUGACAUCAAACCAGAGAAUAUCCUCCUCGAUCACAACGGCAUUAUCAAGUACGUCGACUUUGGCGCCGCCAAGGUCAUUGCAAGGCAAGGCAAGACGCUCGUACAGGAUAUUACCGCCACGAAACCUAACAAGUCGAUGACGGGAACACCAAUGUACAUGUCUCCUGAGGUUAUCAAGGGCGAGAAUCCAGGCAGAGCUGGCGCUGUUGACAUCUGGUCUCUGGGCUGUGUGAUCUUGGAGAUGGCCACAGGCCGUCGCCCUUGGGCCAAUCUCGACAACGAAUGGGCCAUCAUGUACAACAUUGCCCAAGGAAACCCGCCCCAAUUGCCCUCAACCGACCAACUCAGCCCACAGGGCAUCGACUUCCUCGGGAGGUGCUUUACCAGGGACCCCAAGAAGCGGGCUUCUGCUGUGGAGCUCCUCCAGCACGAAUGGAUCAUGACGAUCAAGAGCCAGGUUGUGGAGCCGCCUACGCCUAGUGAUGCAAGUAGCUCAGCUCAGUCGACACCUAGCUCUAGGAGCAACACCAACGACGGUUUCUACUAG